UUAGUUAAGUUGGGGAAAAUGAUAAAAGAGAAUGGCAGAGGCAGAUUGUUUCAAUAAGUAAGAAGGGUGGUCAAAAAGUGGAGCGAAGAAAGUCUACGACGUUGAAUCCUGGGUGAUAGUGAUAAUCCUUCUUCCAUCCAUUUCCUCGGCGAUUUCCUCUCUCUUUCUCUUGUAAAUAUGUAUAUAUAAAUUUUCUGUAUUUGAAAAUUCUUCUUUACAAACAAGAUUAAAACUUACAUAGCAAGGGCGCGUUACCUUCGGUCACCCACUUUCUCUUUUCUCGAUAAACCGCGUUCUUUUUUUGUUUUGUUUUGGGCUUUUAACAGAUCCUAAAAUGAGUAUAACUUCUGUACUUGGAAAGGAGCUUUUUCUCAAGGGUUUUAUAUUUUGAGGUAAGAGAGAGAGAGAGUUGAACAGAGAAAAAGAAGAAAGAAAGCCAAGAUUAUGGCAGAGUCUAGGCGCUAUGUCCUUACUAAUCAACUCGAUAUUGAUCAAAUACUCCUGGAAGCGCAGCACAGGUGGUUAAGACCAGCUGAAAUAUGUGAAAUUCUUAGAAAUUAUAAGAAAUUCCACAUUUCUUCCGAACCAGCACAUAUGCCACCAAGUGGUUCACUUUUUCUUUUUGAUCGAAAGGUACUGAGAUACUUUAGAAAGGAUGGACAUAACUGGAGGAAGAAAAAGGAUGGGAAGACAGUGAAGGAAGCUCAUGAGAGACUCAAGGCAGGAAGCAUUGAUGUUCUGCAUUGCUACUAUGCUCAUGGAGAAGAAAAUGAAAAUUUUCAAAGACGCAGUUAUUGGAUGCUUGAAGAGGAUCUCUCGCACAUUGUUCUUGUCCACUAUCGAGAUGUAAAGGGAAAUAGGACAAAUUUUAACCGUCUCAAAGAGACUGAAGGAGGUAUUCCAUAUUCCCAAGAAGCUGUAGGAAUUGUACCCAAUUCUGAGGUGGAAAGUUCUCUGUCUUCCAAUUUUCUUCCCAAUAAUAGUCAGAUUCCUUCACAAACUAUGGAUACAGCAAGCAUGAACAGUGUGCAUGUGCAGGCAUCAGAAUAUGAAGAUGCUGAAUCAGUGUCUAAUCAUCAAGCAAGUUCACAGUUCCAUUCUUUUCUUGAUUCACAUCAGCCUGUUGCAGGGAGGGCUGAUACCAGAUUCUAUGAUCCAUAUGUUCAUGUAUCACAUUCAAAUAAUUGUUAUGGGAAGCCAUCUAUAACUGCUUUUCAACUUACUCAAACUGACAAGGAUAGAGAGUAUAAUGUUGCUGGAAUAACGUAUGAGCCCCAGAAGAACCUUGAUUUCACAUCAUGGGAGGAUGUGUUGGAAAACUGUGAUCGUGGGGUUGAAUCUGCACAGUAUCAGCCACCAUUUACCUUGAAACAAAAUGAUACUGUGGGGCUGCUAUUUGACAACAGCUUUCUUAAAAAGCAGGCGUUUGAGGAUCAAUCACAUGCUCAAGAAGAGUGGCAGGGUUAUGAGGGUGAUUCUUCUCAUAUAGUGAAGUGGUCAUUGGACCAGAAGUUGCAUCCAGACCUGAGAUAUGAUCUUACUUCAAAAUUUGAUGAAGAAGUUAAUCACAAUCUGCAUCCAGAAAAGCAACAUGAUCAUUAUCUACUAAAUAACCAGCUGACAGACCCCUCAAAAGGGGACCAUGAAUAUGUUCCUAAACCAGAUUCAGAGAACUAUUUGACACUGGAGGGGAAAUCUGUUUACUCUUCUGCUAUGAGACCACAUCUGUUUGAUGGUUCUUUAGCAGAAGGUCUGAAGAAGCUUGAUAGUUUCAACCGCUGGAUGAGUAAAGAACUUGGAGAUGUAGAUGAAUCGCAUACGCAUUCCAGUUCUGGGGCCUAUUGGGAUGAGGUGGAAGGUCAAAAUGGGAUUGAUGUUUCCUCUAUUCCCUCUCAAGAGCAGUUAGAUACCUUUAUGCUGGGUCCUUCUCUCUCGCAUGAUCAGCUUUUCAGUAUUAUUGAUUUUUCACCGAAUUGGGCAUAUGUAGGCUCUGAAAUCAAGGUCCUCAUUACAGGAAGGUUCUUGAAAAGUCAAGGCCAUGCCGAAAAUUGCAAGUGGUCUUGCAUGUUUGGGGAAGUAGAAGUUCCAGCAGAGGUCAUAGCAGAUGGUGUUCUUCGUUGCCACACUCCAAAACAUGAGGCUGGCAGGGUUCCCUUCUAUGUCACAUGCUCCAACAGAUUAGCUUGUAGUGAAGUCCGAGAGUUCGAAUACCGAGUCAGUCAUAUCCUAGAUAUAGAUACUGUUGAUAAUCCUAGCAGUAAUGCCAUUAAAAUUCUUGAUAUGCGAUUUGGUAGAUUAUUGUGCCUUGGCUCCAGUUCCCCCGCUUCUAACACCAAUAGCAUCGCUGAUAUAUCCCAGCUGAGCAGUAAAAUUAAUUCAUUGCUGAAAGAGGAUGUUGAGGAAUGGGACCAAAUGUUGGCACAUAACUUGGAGGAAGACUUUUUCCUAGAAAAACUAAAGGAGCAGCUGCUCAAAAAGCUAUUGAAAGAGAAGUUGCGUGUAUGGCUCUUGCAGAAGAUAGUGGAAGGUGGAAAAGGCCCUAGCAUAUUGGACAAGGGUGGCCAAGGUGUUAUACAUUUUGCUUCUGCUCUUGGAUAUGAUUGGGCCUUAGAACCAACGAUAGUUGCUGGUGUUAGUGUUAACUUCCGGGAUGUGAAUGGUUGGAAUGCACUUCAUUGGGCGGCAUCUUCUGGCAGAGAACGCACAGUUGCUUCCCUUAUUUCAUUGGGUGCAGCUCCCGGAGCAUUAACAGAUCCAACACCAGAAUAUCCUUUAGGCAGAACGCCUGCUGAUCUGGCCUCAGCCAACGGACAUAAAGGAAUUUCUGGUUAUCUUGCAGAAUGUGAUUUGAGUUCCCAUCUUCUAUCCCUCAAUUUGGAUAAGCAAGGCAGUGCCAGUACCACAGAUUCUAGACCAGAUGUCAUACAGAAAAUUUUGGAACUAAAGACAGCUCCACUCAACUAUGGGGAUGCUUCUGAUGGCCCAUCACUAAAGGACUCAUUAGCUGCUGUUCGUAAUGCCACACAAGCUGCUGCUCGCAUCCAUCAAGUCUUCAGGGUACAGUCUUUCCAAAACAGGCAGUUAAAAGAGUAUGGUAAUGAUAAAUAUGGAAUGUCAGAUGAGCGUGCACUUUCACUUUUAGCAGUCAAGUCAAACAAGCCCGGACAACAUGAUGAGCGCGUGCAUGCUGCUGCCAUUCGCAUACAAAAUAAGUUUCGUGGUUGGAAGGGCAGAAAAGAGUUUCUGAUAAUCCGCCAACGCAUUGUCAAGAUUCAGGCUCAUGUAAGAGGCCACCAGGUAAGGAAAAACUAUCGGAAGAUCGUCUGGUCAGUAGGAAUUGUGGAGAAGGUGAUCUUACGUUGGAGACGGAAAGGAAGUGGUUUACGUGGAUUCAAACCUGAAACACUCACCAAGGGUCCUAGCGUAUCUGUGCCCUCAAAGGAGGAUGACUAUGAUUUCUUGAAAAAAGGCAGGAAGCAAACUGAAGAAAGGUUGCAGAAGGCACUUGCCAGAGUUAAGUCCAUGGCCCUGAAUCCUGCAGGCCGAGAUCAAUAUAGUAGGAUUAAAAAUGUUGUCACCGAGAUCCAAGAGAAGGUCUUGUACGAUAAGGUUCUCAACUUUGCAGGAGAAACGACAGAUUUGGACAAAGACUUGAUUGAUCUCGAAAAACUAUUAGAUGAGGACACUUUCAUGCAGACGGCACCUUGAGCGAACCAUAUCUUGUGCUGUAAUUCAAUUACAAAUCAUGUUCGAUUUAAUAGCUGGUAUAUGUACUUAUUGGUAAGUGUUGCUAGAAUUAAUUUGUAAAUGUUGGAAGUAGCGAUUCAUAGAGUGACCCAUUACUGAUCAGGUGAGAUGAGAUAACAGCUCCAUAGAUUUUGGUAAUAAAGAUGGGUCAUGCUACUUCCUACUUUGUUGUAGCUUAUUACUUCAUUUGCUUAUAAAUGUUGCCCUUUGCCCAA